CUUUUUGUCACAUCAGUUUACUCUUCCUGGUCUGUAUAUAGAGUGGAAAAAUAGAGAAGAGGGGAAACGCAGCCUUCCCUCGGAUCUCCGAUUGUAACCAUGAGAGCCCGAGCAGUCGUAUAUCCGCUUCUUCUUGUCCUCCUUGUCUUAGUCACCUCAGCCUACUCGUGGAAGAAGGAGGAGUUUCGAAACUGCAAUCAAACCCCAUUUUGCAAAAGCGCCCGUUCCCGAAAACCUGGAUCUUGUAAUCUGAGGGCCACCGAUGUGUCCAUCUCCGAUGAUGGGGAUCUCAUAGCCAAACUUGUUCCCAAACAAGAAGAAGAAGACCCCAAUAAUAAGCUUUUGCUUCUCACUCUUUCUGUCUACCAAGAUGGUGUCAUGAGGUUGAAAAUUGAUGAACAUCAUCCACCCAAGAAAAGAUUUGAAGUUCCUGAUGUCAUUGAGGAUGAUUUCCUCAACACCAAGCUCUGGUUAACCACAGUUAAGGAGGAGCAAAUCGAUGGUAGCGUUUCCUCUGUUGUUUACUUGUCUGAUGGUUAUGAAGGGGUGUUGAGACAUGACCCAUUUGAGGUUUUUGCCAGGGAGAAAGGUAGUGGGAAGAGAGUGUUGUCCAUAAACUCAAAUGGGUUGUUUCAUUUUGAACAGUUGAGGGACAAGAAAGAAGAAGGGGAUGAUUGGGAGGAGAAGUUCAGGAGUCAUACUGAUACAAGGCCUUAUGGCCCACAAUCAAUUAGUUUUGAUGUAUCUUUCUACGGUGCAGAUUUUGUUUAUGGCAUUCCUGAACAUGCUACUAGUCUUGCUUUGAAACCAACUAGGGGGGCUAAUGUGGACGAAUUUUCUGAGCCUUAUAGGUUGUUUAAUCUUGAUGUGUUUGAGUAUCUUCACGAGUCCCCUUUCGGGCUAUAUGGUUCAAUUCCUUUCAUGAGUUCACAUGGGAAAGCCAGGGGUAGUUCGGGGUUUUUCUGGUUGAAUGCUGCGGAAAUGCAGAUUGAUGUAUUCGGAGCAGGUUGGAAUUCUGAUGAGAUAAUGUUGCCGUCGAACAAGCACAGGAUUGAUACUUUAUGGAUGAGUGAGGCUGGUGUAGUGGAUACAUUCUUUUUCAUUGGUCCUGGGCCAAAAGAUGUGGUUAGGCAGUAUACUAGCGUAACGGGAAGGCCAUCUAUGCCACAGUUAUUCGCAACUGCAUACCAUCAAUGUAGAUGGAAUUAUAGAGAUGAGGAAGAUGUUUAUAAUGUUGAUUCAAAAUUUGAUGAGCAUGAUAUCCCCUAUGAUGUUUUAUGGCUUGAUAUUGAGCACACAGAUGGGAAGAAGUACUUUACUUGGGAUAGGGUAUUGUUUCCUAACCCGGAAGAAAUGCAGAACAAGUUAGCUGCAAAGGGUAGACACAUGGUUACCAUUGUGGAUCCUCAUAUAAAAAGGGAUGACACUUACCAUAUACACAAGGAGGCCUCCGAAAAGGGAUACUAUGUUAAGGAUGCUACUGGUAAGGAUUAUGAUGGAUGGUGCUGGCCUGGUUCCUCUUCAUAUACUGACUUACUCAAUCCCGAGAUUAGGUCAUGGUGGAGUAACAAAUUUUCACUUGAUAGCUAUGUUGGCUCAACAAAGUAUUUAUACAUCUGGAAUGACAUGAAUGAACCUUCCGUCUUCAAUGGACCAGAGGUAACAAUGCCAAGAGAUGCUUUGCAUCAUGGAGGAGUAGAGCACAGGGAGUUACACAAUUCAUAUGGUUACUAUUUUCAGAUGGCAACAGCCGACGGGCUUCUAAAGCGUGGCAAUGGAAAAGAUAGGCCUUUUGUUUUGGCAAGGGCCUUCUUUGCUGGAAGUCAAAGAUAUGGAGCAAUUUGGACUGGAGAUAAUACAGCAGAAUGGGAGCACUUGAGGGUUUCAGUCCCCAUGGUGUUAACUCUUAGCAUCUCUGGAAUAGUAUUUUCUGGAGCGGAUGUUGGUGGAUUUUUUGGUAAUCCUGAGACUGAGUUGUUGGUUCGCUGGUAUCAAGUAGGUGCAUACUAUCCCUUUUUCCGGGGGCAUGCACAUCAUGACACUAAAAGACGGGAACCUUGGUUAUUUGGAGAAAGAAAUACACAAUUGAUGAGGGAAGCGAUACAUGUUCGUUACAUGUAUCUUCCUUAUUUCUACACUCUAUUUCGAGAAGCAAACUCAAGUGGUACUCCAGUUGCUCGUCCACUUUGGAUGGAGUUCCCUGGAGACGAAAAAUGUUUUAGCAAUGAUGAGGCUUUCAUGGUUGGGAAUGGUCUUCUGGUGCAAGGAGUUUAUACAGAGAGAGCGAAACAUGUAUCUGUCUAUCUACCAGGGGAGGAAUCCUGGUAUGAUUUGAGAAGUGCAUCUGCAUACAAAGGUGGUCAUACACACAAGUAUGAGGUUUCAGAAGAUAGUGUUCCUUCUUUUCAAAGGGCUGGAACUAUCAUUCCAAGGAAAGAUCGUUUACGUCGGAGUUCGACGCAGAUGGAAAAUGAUCCUUAUACUCUGGUCAUAGCUCUUAAUAGUGCCCAGGCAGCUGAAGGUGAGCUUUAUAUCGAUGAUGGGAAGAGCUUUGAGUUCAAGCAAGGUGCCUUUAUUCAUCGGCGUUUCACAUUCUCAAACGGAAAGCUUAUAUCUUCAAAUGCAGCCCCUUCUACAGCUGGCAGUAGCAUAUUUUCUUGUGAGUGCACUUUAGAGAGGAUAAUCUUGUUAGGAUUGUCUCCUGGAGCUAAAACAGCCCUUAUUGAGCCAGGAAACAAGAGAGUGGAAAUUGAGCUUGGGCCACUCUUCAUUCACGGAAAUCGAGCAUCUGUUCUCACCAUUCGCAAGCCUAAUGUGCGUAUUACAAAUGAUUGGUCCAUUCAAAUUUUGUAAGAAGUUGGUAGUUAUAAUGAAGACUACAAUUUCCUCCUCCCCGUUUAUCCUGUAUUGGGUUAGACAAGCUAAUAGGUAAAUUCUUACUAGAAGAAUUAAACAUUGGUGAAGGUUAUUAUACAGGGGUAGUUCGACGCUGAUCCUAUUUGAAGUCUUCAGCUUUCA